CUUGUCUCACUUUCCCCAGUCUCUUCCAGACCUGCAUCAUCAACAGCAGACACAUCAUGAGGUUUGUGGCUAUAGCACUGGCCAUUCUGUUGGCUGCAGGUUGCCAGACUCAUUCUAUACAGGCUGAUGCUCCAUCUCAGUAUGAACAUAUCCGGUCUGGAGUUGUAACUUUCAUGAAUCAAAUAAAGGAAAACUCAAAGCAAGCUAUUGAUAAGCUGGAUGAUGGUGAAUUCAAGGACCUCAAGGUGCAGCUUCACAAGGGCCUGGACAUGGUGGAGAACAUGCUCACAUCUGCCUCUGAAAGCCUGAAACCAAUCAGAGAUGGCAUUGGCCCCACUGUGGUGGACACCGUUCAUGAGGUCUAUGAUAAUGUGAAGAAAGACGUGGAGGAACUGCGCACAGACCUGAAGCCCAAAUGCACAGAGUUACGCACUGUGAUCAAGAAGCACCUGGAUCAGUACCGUGAGAAGCUGGAGCCAGUCAUCACAGAGUACCUGGAGAAGAAGCGUGAGCAGCUGAAGGAGUUCAGCGAGAAAAUGGAGCCUGUAGCCAAGGAGAUGAAGGUGUUGUUUGUCACCAAUCUGGAGGAGACCAAAUCCAAGCUGACCCCCAUUGUGGAAACCAUACGUGACAAGGUGACGGCUCGUGUGCAGGUGUGGCAGGCCGUGAUCAAACCUUAUAUCGAUGACUACCGUGAGCAGACUGGAGGCUUCUUCAAAACUCUACAAGAAGACUUUGAAUCUGGAAAACUCCAAGAGAAGUUUAGCAAGGUUGCCAGUGAGCUGAAGCCUCAGCUGGAGGGUGUAUUUAAUACCAUCCAAAAGGUUUUUGAAAAGGCAUAAAACAUCUCAGUCAUUUUGCUCUCUCAGACAUCCUGAAAGGUUUGUUUUUUCUACCAAUCCAUUUACCUCCAGGCCCUGUCAGCAGUAAUCAGGUCUGUAGGGUCUCAUAACCACAUGGUCUUUACAGGCAGUUGUGCUGCCCCAUGCAUCUCCUUAUUCACAUACACUUUCCAUUCACAUGAUGCAGGCUAAUGUGGUAUGAAGACCCUCCGUCACAUGAGUUCAUUCCAGCAAGCAGAUGUUGUGGAAUAUUCUUAAAUGCCUGGUCUUUUGCUGUACUUCUGUGUUGUCAAAAAAUUAUGACAAAAGAAUAAAUAAAAGAACACUGUUUCAUACUA